GCCAUUGGUUUAGUGUGCUCCGGCCACUGGGGUUGGAGACACGGCAGAAGACAUCACGGCGGAAGACAUCACGGAGGUUGGCGUCACGGAUGGUGGCGAAAUAGAGGUUGGCGACACGGAUGGUGGCGCCACAGGGGAAGUAAUAACUGGAGAUGGUGUCAGAACAGAAUAAAGUUCUUGACAGAACACACAAAAACGUUAAACAAGGAAUUGGACCAGUGUCUGUCACCUCCACCACCUACCACCACGUCACCAACAACGACCACCACGUCAGCAACAACGACCACCACGUCACCACCGCCGAUUAGCGACUGCUGGGAUGUGAAGACACGCCAGAACCAGAGCAGUGACGGCACGUACACGAUCGACUCACCAGCCGGGGGUCAGGUGAACGUCAGGUGUGACAUGACCACGGACAAUGGCGGCUGGCUCACCUUCGUCAGGAUGUCGAGAUGCGGGUCGACAUAAGUGACUGGGCUGGUAAAUCCGCUUACGCCUCGUACGACAGCUUACAGGUGGAUGACGAGUCCAACAACUACACCAUCCACGUCGGAAAAUACAGUGGGAACGCUGGAAAUGCACUUCGCCCUCCGUUCAAGGGGCCAAAUUUUCGUCACGAUAACAAGUCUUUCAGCACCUACGACCACGACAACGUCUACAACUGCGCGAAGGACUCCACUUCCGGCUUCUGGUUCCAUCACUGCUACGAUGCUCUCCCGACCGGGCCGUUCUUUGGUGGGCGAUACAAGACAGCUGUAUGGUCAGAUUGGAGAGUGAAAAAAAUCGCCAUGUCAAUCAGACCAAAGGGAGUGGUUUAAGGAAUUGCUGUCUCCAGGACUACAGUGCGGAAAUAAAAUAAUAUAAAAAGUUAA